CUACUCAUAUAGCAGCUUCCACAGUUUGGUUUCACAGUCAGUCUGAGACUGAGGAGACAUGGCCACGAUGUACUCCAACCUGACAACUGAGGACUACUCUGAAUAUUACAAUAAAAUAUUUGAUGAAAACACACAGCUCUGCAGCAACACCAAUGUAAGUGCUUUUAGCCAAGUCUUCAUACCUGUCCUCUACAGCAUUGUCUUCAUCGUGGGAUUCAUUGGAAAUGGCCUGGUCUUGUGUAUCUUGAUCAAAUAUCACCAAAGGUCAAAUGUGACAGAUGUGUGCCUCUUCAACCUGGCCCUUUCAGACCUUCUUUUCUUGAUCUCAUUGCCUUUCUGGGCCCACUAUGCCGCCAUCUCUGAGUGGACCUUCGGUGGCUUCAUGUGUCAGGCAGUGACAGCGCUCUACAUGCUGGGAUUCUAUGGAAGUAUCUUCUUCAUGAUCCUCAUGACCUUGGACCGCUAUGCUGUCAUUAUCCAUGCCCAUAACUCUCUCUUCUCCAAGCACCGGUCUGUCAGAGCUAGCAUAGCUGUGGCUUUCUUUAUGUGGGCACUUAGCUUGGGAGCUUCUCUGCCAACUAUUAUUUUCUCCCAAAUGAAGAAUGAAUCAAACGGGUGGAUAUGCAAAGAGGAAUAUCCAGAAGGGUCAGCAUUUAAGUUUUUCUCGUACAUUGAACUGAACCUUUUUGGUUUGAUUGUUCCUCUCUCUGUGAUGGUGUUCUGCUACUCGCGCAUCAUCCCCGUCUUAAUGGCCAUAAAAUCUCAGAAGAAACACAAAGCUGUCAGGCUCAUCCUGGUCUUGAUAAUUAUUUUCUUUCUCUUCUGGACGCCCUACAACAUCGUCGUCUUCCUGAAGUUCCUGCGUCAAUUAGGCUACAUGAGCACCUGUCAGUGGGAACAGGACCUGCACAUGGCUACGCAAUGGGUGGAAACCAUAGCGUUCAGUCACUGCUGCCUCAACCCCAUAAUCUACGCCUUUGUGGGGCAGAAAUUCAGGAAUUUGGUUCUCAAGAUACUAAAACAGUGGUUUCCUGUUUGCUUUGGUCGGUGCACAACAAUCGGCAGUGAGUUCUCAGAGAGGAAGGGCUCUAUGUCGUCACGGACCUCAGUGAUUUCCAGCACAAAGAUUGUGUAGCCAAAAGUGCAACAGCUGAAACCUGGGUUAAUCAUUGAAAAUUAAACUGUAACCCUCACUGUUAAAACAUUGCAUAUAAAUUUGCAAAAAGUUCACAAUUCUAUUUGUGUAGCCAAAAGUGCAACACCUGAAACCUGGGUUAAUCAUUGAAAAUUAAAAUUGUAACCCUUACUGUUAAAACAUUGCAUAUAAAUUUGUAAAAAGUUCACAAUUCCAUACUUUGGUUAAAUCCUGCAUAUUAAGUACAGAUACUUUUUAUUGACAUGUUGUCCUUAUGUAUUUUUUUUUCUACUUAUUUAGUCAUUGUUGUUUAUGUAUAGUUUUUGUGUACUUUAUAUGCUUAGUUUUCCAUUUUUAAAUGAAAUGAGCAUGUAUUGCUUACAGCAUGCAAAUGGUGUCGUGAGGCAAUUUUAGAGAUAUAUUUUACUGAAUGUAAAUAGUGCCAUCUCACAUAAUAUGUAAUCAUUUUAUAUCAAGCAUCAUUAAAUCACA